GAGAUGUCGUCGCUGUAAGUAUCGUUCCUUAUCUCUCCAUCUCCUUCGUGUCUCGCUGCUGUCUCUUCUCGUCGUCAUCUUCAAGUCGCAGCCCCCCAAGUCCAAAGUCCAGGUCAAGGCCAAGCAGUCAUCAUGGGCUCUUCUGCUCCCACCCCCAAGAAGCAAUUGAUCCUCAAUGCCUUCGCCAUGCAGGCCCCCGCCCAUCUGAACCCGGGCCUGUUCAAGUAUCCCAAGGACAAAGGUCGCCAGUACAACGACAUCCAGAAUUGGAUCGCGCUGGCCCAGAAACUUGAGGCAGCAAAGUUUCACGCCAUCUUCUUCGCCGACGUGCUCGGCGGCUACGAUGUCUACAAAGGUCCUGCAAAUCUGGAACCUACUAUCCCCGCCGCGGCCCAAUUCCCCAUCAAUGAUCCCCUCUACAGCAUUCCCGCCAUGGCCGCCGCCACAAAGAGCAUCGGAUUCGGGGUUACGGCCUCUACAACCUACGAAUCUCCCUACUCAAUGGCGCGCAAAUUCUCAACCGUCGACCACCUGAGCAAUGGGCGCGUGGCCUGGAAUAUCGUGACAUCGUACCUCGACUCCGCCGCGCGCAACUUUGGUCUCAACACGCAAGUCGAGCAUGACGAGCGGUACCGCAUCGCUCACGAGUAUCUGGACGUCACGUACAAGCUGUGGGAGGGCUCGUGGCGCGACGACGCCGUGACGAAUGCACCCGAAGGCGCCUACGCAGACCCCAAAGGCGUGCGCCAGAUCAAUCACAAGGGUAAGUAUUUCACGAUACCGGGACCGCACAUCUGCGCGCCGUCGCCGCAGCGGACGCCCUUCCUCUUCCAAGCCGGCACGUCGACUGCCGGGAAAGCGUUCGCUGCCCGGCAUGCCGAGGCGAUCUUCCUCAACGGGCACACGCCCGAGCUGGUCCGGCCGUCCGUCGACUCGAUCCGCGCGCAGGCGAAGGAGCUCGGCCGCGACCCGAACAGCAUUAAAAUUGUCGCCGGGCUACUCGUCAUUGUCGCGGAGACGGACGAGAAAGCGCAAGAAAAGGUCCAAGAGUUGGCCAAGUAUGGGGAUCGCGAGGGCGCCCUCGCGCUCUUUGGAGGCUGGUCAGGAUACGACCUAAGCCAGUACGACGAUGACCAAGAUUUCCGCUUCGUGGAGUCAGCCCCGCCGGCGGUGCGCAGCAUGGUCAACCACUGGGCCUCCUUCUCACCGGACGGCCUGAAGUGGAACAAGAAAACCAUUGCAGAGCACCUCAUCCUCGGCGGCAACGGAGCGAAAGCCAUUGGCAGCGCCAAAACCGUCGCGGAUGCGCUGGAGCGGUGGGUCGAGGUAGCUGAUAUCGACGGCUUCAAUUUCAGCUAUGCGACGAUCCCAGAGACAUUUGAUGAUAUCAUUGAGUACCUAAUCCCGGAGCUCAGAAGGAGAGGCCUUGUCUGGGAUGAUUACGCCGUUCCGGGCGGGACGCUGAGAGAGAAUUACCUAGGCAAGAAGGGAAGCAAUAGAUUAUCGGAUACCCAUCCUGGAGCGCAGUACUUCUGGAAAGCGGGCGAGGAAACCCCGGCCUAUGCCCUGUCGCGAAAGCGGAAUAGAGAUGAUGAUGAUGAUGAUGAUGAUGAUAAAUAAAUAAUAUGUUCAU